AUGGCUCUGAGCUUUCCAUGGAUCUACCCCGUAAGGUUCGCGCAGUUCGUCUUUGGCAUAAUAGUCCUCGGUUUAACGGCAUAUGUCGUCAAUUUGGGGGCGUCCGGCCCAACGGAUAAUUUCAUGCUAUUCAAUGGCGUGUGGACACCCUUCGUUGCCGUGCCUUUCCUUGUUUUCGCGCCGACCUAUUUCCCAAACCUCGCACAUCGUCUCAUUCUCGUCGGGGUUGAACUGGUCACGAUGAUCUUCUGGUUUGCCGGGUUUAUUGCCUUGGCUGUUGCGCUGCCAGCUGCUAGUUUUUGCUAUGGAAGUGUCUGCAAUUCUCUUCAAGCCGCGACGGUUUUUGGAGCCUUUGAAUGGGUUUUGUUCGCAAUCACAUCGGCGACAGCGGUCAUGGGAGUUAUGCGAUCCGGUCCCAGUGGGAAGACCGCGAACGUUGGUGUCUAG